CGCGCGCGUCACUUGAGAGUGCUAAGCGCUCAUUGGCUGAAAAUGACAUCACAUACAAAUGUACUAUUCUUGGCGUCUGGAAUCGGCAUUACCUCAUCCUUUUCCUCUCUCUCUCAGGUAUAGACAUUCAACAACAAACAGCGAUAACGUCGCAGAUCGAGAACGGAGGGCAGGGGGAACACAUCUCCACCGUAGACCGGCGUGACGUUUCGGGUAUUUAUCGGAGGAAAUACUGAAGAGUUAAUAUUUUAAAUAUUAUUGGCAAACUCCAGCACGCACUGCGAUAUAGGAUUGUCGGCGUGUACUUCCUUUCAAUGCAUUGAACUUUUAUGCCACAACGCUUUUGGUUUUGCACCUAUUCCUCCCAGCGAUUCGAUAUUUUUUCUGCAUAUUGGAGAGAGACAUCACUGAGUGCACCUCAGAAGAAAGGAGGAUGGUGUUCCACAGAGAAAGAGAUAAUGAGCGUCCGCUGCUCUCCUGCAUUCUGCCGCACCUGUACCUGGGUGCAGAGACAGAUGUUACGCAGGAGAGUCUGUCGGCGCGGGGAAUUUCAUACGUGCUUAGCGUCAGCCGCUGCUCCCCUCAGCCAACAUUUCUCCCCAAGUCUCAGUAUCUCCGGAUCCCCAUAGACGACUCCCUGCGGGACGACCUGCUGCCGUGGAUCCCACAGGCACUACACUUCAUUGAUGGGGCCAUGUCUCUAGGAUGCUCGGUGCUGGUGCACUGUGCAGCUGGUAUUUCUCGCUCUCCCGCUCUUGCUGUGGCCUACAUCAUGUAUCGCCUAGGAAUGGACCUGGAUCAUGCAUACAGGUUUGUCAAGGAGCGCAGACCCUCCAUUUCCCCAAAUUUUAACUUCCUGGGUCAGCUUCAGCUCUUCCAGGGCACUCUCACCCCCAUGUGCCCAAAUGCACACCAUACGGCUGAGCCGUCUGAUAGAGCUUUGGACUCACUACAGCCAUUCCCUACCAGUGACCACACAGAUUGCAUUUCUUCUGUUUUGCUAUCUACCAAACUCAACCCUAGCGCUCAGGACACGAGGCGUGGUAACAAGGAACACGUUCAAGACACAAAAGUAAACACACACUGUGAGAUGUCCCACAGUGCACUGGCACAGGGGCAAUCAGGUUCAAGCAAGGAUGAUACCGCAGCUCAAAGUGGAAACAAAGUAUUGACCCAGUCCAAGUCUCCUGAGAUCACUCUCGCUCUCUCCGACAAGCUCAAGAGUCUCACUCUUUCCCUUCAGCCCAUAGAGGUGGAGGCUCCAUCAGAGGCCCAGCAGAAUCUCCAGAAGCCCACCACACUACAAAUCCCAUCAGACUCCGUGUCACUCUCAGAGAAACGCAAACGUCUCACUUUAGCCCUCACCCCUGUGAGUGCCUCCCUUCAGACACCACAGAGGGGCAGCACAGAGUGCAAUAAGAGAGGCGAACCCCGGCAGGUUGCGACUAGCAGUUUGAAACUCCUCCACAAGGGGGAGUCAGGAGUGCAGCACAGAGCCAGGAAGUCACAAAGGAAAGCAGAAGAGGAAAAGGAGAAGCCGAGAAAGGCUUCAAAUUCCCGACACUCCAAUCCACAGCGAAGCUCUUCGCGAUCUGUUACAAAAAGAAAGGACAGAGAAGAAAGAGUGGUAACAGGCCUGACGGAUGCAGAGGCAAAGCAGAGAGUGAUAAAAUGCCACCAGGGGGCGCCAGAGCUUAGCAGACCCAAACUAGAAAGUAUCAAAGAGAUUCCCUCCGUGCACAUGAAUGGAUCUCUACAGAAGGCGCCUCCAUCCACCGCAGUGGAGGCGGUUGAGGGGUUAAGUGGCAACGCUAAUCUCAUGUCUCCGCUUAGUCUCACUGUUAAUAAGCUGUUAGACUGGGGGGAGAGGAUGCUGCUCGGGGUCCUGCUGGGCCCCCGCAUCAAGGUGGGCCAGCCUGCCUUACCCUACAGGUGCUGAACGAAGGCUGAUGUGGCCAAUAGUAACCUCGUUGGACAGUUGGAAAAACCAGAGAGUGAAUGGAAAUGAAUGAGUGAAUAAAAAAAGGACAGUAAAAUAACAGGAAUAUCAAGGGAAAGAGGGAAUGUGUGACUUUCUUUGUGGAUUUUUGUUUGACUGAACAGGGCCCAUACUUUUUCACUAGGAGAGCUGAUUUUAAACCUGAUCUUAAACCUGUAGUGAAUAAGAUUAAUAAAGGAACUCAGGAUGCCUGAACCCGGAGCAGGGCUCUCUUGCUCAGGCAUUUGUGGAACAGAGACCCUUAUUGCAUGUUUAUCAGUUAUUCUACAUGUGACAGGCAUACACGCUCAUCUGUUAAGGAAUGGUCUGUGAUCACAUGUCUUUAUUUAUUUUCUCUGAAAUAGACUGUUGGUGUAUCCUAUCUUUAAAAUAAGUGAUUUACAAGUGUCUGUACUUUUCAGAGACCUAUAUAUGCCUGAGUGUGUGGAUUUAUUAUUUAUGGAAUUACAUAGGCGACAUUUAUUAAAUUAUUACUAUUUAUUAAAUUGAUAUUUUGAUGAUGGUAUUUUAGCACCACAGCUUGUACUGAAAUCACAGUAUUCAUUAAAGCUGAAAGUUUAUACUG